AUGUGUGAUGAUGGCUUCCGGAAGACCAAAGAGCGCACAGCGGUCAGCGACUACUCCUUCUGUGGCGAUGCAGCGAAGCAUGCCACCGUCUACGUGCCGCCUGCAGCGGUGCGUUCGUUGGUGGAUCUGCACUUCGACGCUGCGAUGGAAGCAGUGGUCUCUCAGCCGCUCCAGUGGUCGUUGUGCUCAUGCCAGCCUGAUGCCCUUUGCACUGGGGCGCCUCUCCGAUUCUACAAGCACCUGGGCGUCCCUGUUGUGGGCAAGAGCCCGUGGUGCUUCUUGUGGUCUCUGCGCAGGCAAGGGUUUGAGGCACUGGACGAG